GCGGGCUUACGUCUGCGUGACAGUUGUCGCGGGGGAGGGAGAGCCCGGGCGAGGGGGAGGGAGUGUAAAUAGAGCGAAGGCAGCACCGUGUCGGCUCCGUCACCUCCCGGGAGGCCCGCGAGGGAGGCCCGGAGGGAGAUGGAAGAAGAUGAACAGGAGCAGCGGCGCAGAAAGGUGGAGGCCGGAAGAGCGAAGCUUGCUCACUUCCGACAGAGAAAAGCAAAAGGUGACUGUGCGCAUUCGAAGAAAAAGACGGCGAAGAGGAAGAGCGCGACUGUCGAUGCGCCUGUCCAGGAGGAGAGUCCGGUAGCCAGUGAGGACCGUGGGCUCCUGGGAGGAGGGGACGUUUGCAAAGCCACAUCAUGCAGUGACACCCCUGAUGGGGCAGCAGCAGCUCAGCUAGAGAACCCUGAUGGAGCAAGUACGGAGGACUCGGAGCAGCCCUGGCAGAAGCUGGAUGGUGACGGUUCAGAACAGCCUGUGGUCCUCACAAAGGAGUAUGAACAAGAAUGUAAACCUGAAAUUGCUGCAUUGAUGAGCCGACAUGAAGACGAGACUGACAGGGAGCAGUGGUCAAUGGGGCUGCCCGCAGAGAUGCAGCAGGUACAGCUGCAGACCCAGCCAGUGCCACCCCUGGAGCUGGAGGCGUUGCGCUUGAGUCUGAGCAACAUGCACACAGCUCAGCUGGAGCUGACGCAGGCCAACCUGCAGAGGGAGAAGGAGACAGCACUGAUGGAACUGCGGGACAUGCUUAAUGGCCGGCACGCCCAGGAGCUGGCCCUGCUGCAGAACCGCCAGCUGCUGGAGCUGGAGCUUGUUAGGGAGCAGCAUGCACGUGAGCGGGAGGAGGCGGCACUGCGGUGCAGCCGUGAGACAGCUGAGCUGAAGGAGAAGUUACAAUCAGAAAUGGAGAGAAAUGUCCAGAUAAUAGAGACCCUGAAGCAAGACUGGGAGUCUGAAAGAGAUUUAUGUUUAGAAAGCCUGCGCAAAGAACUAUCUGCAAAGCAUCAGUCAGAACUGGAGAAUUUACAAAGCCAGUUUAAGAAAGAAUUGGCAGAACAGAAAACUGAGCUGGAGAAGAUUUUUCAAGCCAAAAACCAGGCAGAAUCGUCCCUCCAGGCUCUGCAGGCUCAACAUGACGCUGCUGUGAAGAAGCUCCAGGAAGACCUGCAGUGUGAGCGCUGCCGACACGCGGAGGACCUGGACCUGAGAGUCAGAGAGAAGGAAAGAGAAAAACAGCUGGAGUUGGAGAACCUUCAAGCAUCUUACGAAGAGCUGAAGGCUCGUUCACAAGAGGAAGUCAGGCGCCUGUGGUCCCAGCUUGAGUCCACGAGGACUGACAGACAGGAACUGAGUGACUUACGUGAGCAGCUUCUGGCUCGAGCAUCUCAUGUGGAAGAAUUAGAACAUCUGCAGCGAGACUUUGAGCAGCAGCAGCAACGGGAGAAAACUGAGCAUGAGUCAGAACUGGAGCAGCUGAGACUUUACUUUGAAAAGAAAUUAAGGGAUGCGGAAAAAAAUUACCAGGAAGACCUGACUCUGUUACAGCAGCGGCUGCAGGAGGUGAGGGAAGACUCUCUUCUGGAGUCUGCGGAGAUCAGUUCAUCAAGUGUGCUUUUAGAAGAGACUUCUGAAAAAGAAAGAAGAGAUGACCUUGACCAGCUCAGCUUUCAUCUGGAGCAGCAUGAGGAGGGCCUGUGUUUGCAAACUCAGUUAGAAGAAAGCCCACAGCACCAAGUGGCAGCCCAACAGGAGGCGGACCUUGUGGGGACCCAGGUGUUGGUACAGCGUGUGGGGCUCUUGGAAGAGCCUGGCCCAGAACUUGCUUGCAUACAUCUUCAGGGUGUGCAGGGCCCAGCCGUGGAGGAGGAAACCAAAGUGCCAACAGCAACCUUGGGUUUGGAAACGGAGGUUAAACUCCCAAUGCUUCAGACAGAGCUCCAGGAAGAAAUCAAUCUGUUAAAAAUAGAAAACCGAAACUUACACGAGAAGCUGCAGAGGGAAAUCCGUCUGAAAGAGGACUUGGAGAAAGGAAAACAUAAUUUAGUUGAAGAUCAUCAGGAAGAACUGAGGAAAGCUAAGGAGCAGAUUCAACUAAUGAAACAAGAACUCAAAGAAAGAAAAGCAGAGUGGAAAGAUACAAGUGAAGCCCUAAGGAGAGAAGCUGAAGAAAAGUUAACCCUGAUGCUCCUUGAACUGAGAGAACAGGCUGAAUUGGAGAAACGGUCGAUAAUAAAUGAGUUUGAGCUUCGAGAAAUUGAAAUGAAGCAACUCCAGGAUCAGCAGGCUGCCCAGAUCCUGGACUUGGAGGGGUCCCUGAAGGAGCAGCAGGGCCGCCUGAGGCAACUGGAGGUUGGCCUUGCUGGGGACGAGUCUCUACAGAGCGACCAGGAGUCGAGCAGUGGACUGGCCCCAGUGGACCAGAACCAAGACCUGGAGCUUGCUCCCCUCAAUCUGAAGGAGGACUGUGCCCUUCAGCUGAUGCAGGCCCAGAACAGGUUUUUAGAGCAACGUAAAGAAAUCACAGAGACAUUCACUGCAGAGCAAGAUGCCCUCCUGCGGAAGGCCCAGGGGAAGCACGCCAGCGAGCUCCAGCUCCUGCAGGAGAGACACCAGCAGCACGUUCUGUCCCUGACAGCAGAACUCGAGGCCAAGCACCAGGCCAGUGUCGAGGAGCUAAAGGCCGUGUUCCAGAGAGAGCAGUGGGCUCUUUCAGAAGCUCGUGUGGCUGAACUGCAGACGAAACAUGCUGCUGAAAUCCAUGCUCUGGAGACGAGACAUUUGUCACAGCUGGAUUCUGUGGAGUCAUGUUACCUGUCUGAAAUCCAGGCCCUCCGGGAUGAGCAUGAGCGGGCCCUAGAGCAGUUGCGAGGGGACCUUGAGGAACAACUGCAGAAAAAGGACUCUUCUCACCAAGUGAUUUUGACUCAGGAGUUAGAGAAACUGCAGCGGAAACAUGAUGAAGAGCUUGAGUCUGCAAAGGGCAGCUGGAGAGCUGAACUGAGCACUGAACACACUGAGAGUUUGAGGGCCCUGGCUGCAGAGCUUCGAGGGGCUCACCAGGAGGAGCUGGCUGGAGCCCUGCUGAAUCAGAGGCGCCUGCUGGAGGAGGAAAAGAGCAUGGCCCUGGACCGGGUGCAAGCUGAGGUCCUCCUCCUGGAGCAGCAGCACCAGGCCGCUCUGCAGGGGCUUGGUGACAUGCAUGCAGCUGAGAUGCAGAGGCAGCGGGCAGAGCAGCAGGCAUUGCAGGAGAGGGCUAUGCAGGGUGAAUUUGAACGUGGAAAGGAGGCUGCUUUGCAUGAAAACAAGGAGAUGCACAGAUUGGAGUGGGAGCAGGUGCAGUCUCUUCACCAAAAAGAGAAGGAGUCUCUGUCCCUGCAGCUUCAGGAGAAAAGCAACCAGGUUCUGCAGCUAGAAGACCAAAUUUUAUCCUUACGUCGUGAGAUACAAGAGCACCGUUCAGAACUGGAGACACUACAGCAAAGGCGGGACAGGGAGAACCAGGAAGGCACGAACCUCAUCUCGAUGCUCAAGUCUGAUGUGGAUCUUUCUCACAGUGAAAGGAUCGCUCUCCAGGAUGCCCUUCGGAGGCUGCUGGGCCUAUUUGGAGAGACAGUGAAGGCUGCCGUCUCCCUGAAGAGCCGGAUCAGUGAGCGCGUGGGGCUUUGCCUGGAGGAUGAGAAUUCACCCGACACGAGGCUGGAGGGCCAGGUCUCAUCUGUAGCACCAGCGCUGGAUGAGACGUGGCCCGGGCUUGAUGUGGCACUGCCGGACCUGGAUAGAACUUUGACAGAAUGCACUGAGGUGUCUUCCAUGGCUGAGAUCAGCAGCCACAUCUGUGAAAGCUUUUUCCUAAGCCCAGAAAGUACACUGGAGUGUGAGCAGCCCGUCAGGAGCAUCUACCGGAGCCUUGGCCUGGCAGUGGAUGGCCUCCUGGAGAUGGUUCUGGACUCCUCUAGGCAGCUGGAGGAAGCACGUCAAAUUCACACUCGUUUUGAAAAAGAAUUUAGCUCUAAAAAUGAGGAGACAGCUCAGGUUGUUAGAAAACACCAAGAGUUGCUGGAACGCCUGGAGGAGGAGAACUCGGCCAAGACUCGGCUGAUGCUAGAACUGCACAAGGCAGAAGGCCUCAUUGAGGGAUUCAAAGUGGAGAAGGCCAGCUUGCAGGAGGCACUAGUCCAGAAGGAGACGUCUGAGCAGGGCCUCGUGGCUGAGCUGGAGAGCCUGAAACAGCAGCUUCAGCGGGUGACUCGGCAGCAGGCAGAGCUGAAGGAGGAGAAUGCUGUCCUGUGUCACCAAAAGGAGGUGGCGGCCACAGAAGCGGAAGAGCGAGAGGCUGGCGUUCCUGUCACUAUAGCGCACAAGGACUCAGCCCUUCGGAGGGAAGUGGAAGCUGCCACCACAGAGCGGUUGGAGACCAGGCAGCAAUGUGAGAAAGACCAGGCGACUCUGCAUGCCCAGGUGAAGCUCCUGGAGGCCGAGCUGGAAGAGCAGCUCUCCCGCCAUCAAGCAUGCGCCUCACAGGCCGAGGAGCUCAGCGCCCUGCGGCAGCAGAUGGUGUCCCUGGACAAGCACUUGCGCAGCCAGCGGCAGUUCAUGGACGAGCAGGCGGUGGAGAGGGAGCAUGAGCGGGAGGAGUUCCAGCAGGAGAUCCAGCGGCUGGAGGAGCAGCUCCACCGGGCAGCCCAGCCGCAGGCCCGGGGCUCCCGCGACAGUGAUCAGGCACAGCUGGAUGAGGAGGUUGAAUUGUUACAGGAAAAAUUGAGAGAAAAAACAGAUGAACUUAAUGAAUUGGUGAUGAAGAAAGAAUUAGCAGAUAGACAAGUAUUGAUCCAGGAAGAGGAAAUUAAACACCUGGAGGAGACAAAUGCCAAUACCAAGAGGAAAGUGAUCCAGCUCCAGGAAGAACUGGAGAAGCAAAGAAAAGCUAUGAAAGAGCUACAACAGGAUAAAGAGGCACUACAGCAACAGCAGAUGAAUAACUUGCUUCUGGUGUCCACAUUGCAGUCUAAACUAGAUGAGGGCAAAUGCUCUGUGCCUCCUGUGGACAGCUGCCCCAAGGACCCAGAAAUCCAGUUAGAGGCCGUGCAGAGGGCACUCUUGCAGCGGGAAAGCGAGGUUUUAGACUUAAAAGAACAAUUAGAAAAGGUUACAGAUGACUUAGUUAAUAAAAAUGAAGAAGUACUACAUCUGAAUUUGAAAUUAGACCUGCAGAACAACCAUGCUGCCAUCAGCAUCAGAGGACUACAAGAAGAGAAUGCGAAUUUGAAGGAAUUUCUGCAAAACAAAGAAAAGGAGAUACUGUGUUUGAGCGAGCAGCUGGAGGCACAGCUGGCUGGGAUGGGAAGUGGCACUCUCAGCGAGGUUAUGUAUAGUAGAAGCUCUGAAGUCGAGGAGCUGAAGUCCAUUAUUGAGACUUUGCAGGAGAACCAGGAGCGGCUGCAGAAGGAUAAAGCAGAGGAAAUUGAGCAACUGCACGAGGUCAUCGAGAAGCUGCAGCGAGAGCUGACCCUUGGGGAGCCUGCCAAGCAUGAGCUCAGUGACAGCCAAGCUGAGGAUCUCCAGAGCGAGCUAGAGCGUGGGCUGUACUGCCUGCAGACCGAGGGAGCCGAGACCCAGGCCACGCUGCAGGCCGAGCUCCAGAAUGCUCUUGAGGCCAAGGAGGCUCUGGGCCAGCUGCUGACUGAGCAGGAGCACCAGCAUGGCCAGGCCCUGGAGGCCCUGCAGCAGCGCCUGCGGGUUGCAGAGGAGGCUGCCGAGAGGCAGCUGGCCCAGCUGAGAUCCAGUGCUACCCUCCGGGAGGCGGAGGUCCAGGGAUUGGCCUCCCAAAUUCAAGAGUUUGAGGCUGCCCUCAAAGCAAAGGAUGCAGAGAUUGCCCAGAGGGAUUUGGAAAUUGAGGCUAUAAACAGAAGGCGCUCAGCCCACUCCACAGAACUGGAGGCCAUCCUUCAGGCCUUCACCUCCCUCCGCCGCACCCUGGAACAGCAGCCCCCGGGUGCCACACAUGAGCCCCCGGAGUUGCAGCGGCUCCGAGUGCAGUGUGUCCGCCUCAGCCACCAGCUGCAGGCACUGAACCAGCGGUUUCUGCGGUGCCAGAAGGAGCUGGAUAAGCAGCAGGCGUGUGGGUCGCCCGUGCUCCAUCGUAUAAAGGGCAGCUUCCAGGGACAGGUGGCCAGGAGUGACAAGGCCUUGUGUGGUGAAGAGUCGGAACAAAAUGUGGGCAACAGGCAGCUACCUAUGGCCUCCCGUGGUCAAGCCGAUGAUCCACAGAGCCCAGUGAAAGGUGAUCUGCAGCCUGCCAAAGCCCUGGUGACGGGAAACCACACCGGCCUCCACAAACAAGACAGCAUGAUGUCGAUGCUCGCGGUCUGCCAGAGGCAGCUGGAGUCUGAGCUGCUCCUUGUGAAAAAUGAAAUGCACUUGAGUGCUGAGGACUACGGCAAAGCAUCAGGGACAGUGAAGGAUAAAGAAAAACGACGGGAGUGUUUUAAGCUGCAGAAAGUUGAUCUCAUAACUCAGGUGAAACAGCUUCAAGAAAAACUGAACCGUCUGGUAUAUUCUAUGAACUUCCAGAACACCGAGACAGAGGAUUUUAACUCUCAACAGCCAUUGGCAUUUUCUCAUGUUUUAGAAAACAGUUUGAAUGGUAGUUGCAGUAACGGUGAAGAAACUGACAGAUUGCCUCCUGUUGAUGAAUUUAAUAUCAAUAAAAUUACACAGGAUGUAAUUGACAGUAUUGGAAAUCAGGAUUCAUUGAAAAGAAAUGAAAUGCCAAAUGUUCCCAUGGAAGACAAGGUAGCUUUGCAGGAUGGGUCACUUGGUUUGCAGCUGAGCUUGCCAAGUAGCUCCCAUGACUUAACCUACAUUGAGGAGGCUGAGCCCUUGAAGAAUGCACUCAGUGCGAUGGACCUGUCCUCCUGGAGCUCCCCCGAGGUUGUCAGGAAGGACUCAAUGCUCGAGCCACCACCCAGCCUGCCCCUGACACCCUGCGUGGACGUCCUGAGCCAGCACAGCCUGGAUCUCUCUCUGAAGGACAGGAUGAGUGCCUCAGUGCUCCAGGCUGACCAGUCGGGGCUGCUUUGUUCCCUUGGUGGGUCAGCAGCAGAAAAGGCCCCUUCCUGGGCAGAGUCUUCAUUGGCCGCAGACGGGGCUCCCUCCGCCGAUCCUCAUGUGCAUCAUGUGGUUGUGGAGAAAGAUGUUGAGGACUUUAUUAUAACGUCUCUUGAUUCUCAAGAAAAGUCAAGAUCAUCUCCUCUUGGGUUAGAAGGAAAAAGCAAUGGAAGUGAAAACAGUGAUGGCUUCGGGUGUGGAGAAACACUAAACCAAGGUUCAGGAGGACUUGAAGCUCCCACUGUUAGUCCUGCAGUGCCGUCCCCCGCCUCAGGAAGCUUCCGACAGUCACUGGAAGCCAUGAAGGAGAAGGAAGUCCACCCGAAACAAGUUAAGGCUUUGCUGCAGAUGGUGUAUGAUGAGAGCCACCACAUCCUGGCCCUGUCUGAAUACCAUGGAUACCCCAGCGCACUGAGCAAGGGCGAGCCAAGCACACCCAUUAAGCACUUCCUGAGGGGUGGCCAGGGACUGUUGGAGGCAUUGCCAGCUCUGAGGGGCCACCUGACCCCAGCACCCCAACAGGCAGAGAAGGAGCUUUCUGACACCUGCCUUGACUGGAGAGGAGAAUUCCUGCAGGUAGUCCAGGAGGCAUUUGAAAAGGAGAGGGAGAUGCUGAUGGUGGAGCUGCAGCCUCAGCUCAGUGGCUCUGACUCCAGGGCUCUGGUGGAGAGACUGCAGAAGGUGGCCCAGGAGCAGGGGGACCUGCAGGAGAAGUCCUUGGAGCAACUACGUCAGUCCGACAGGAGUAGCCUGCUGUCCGAGAUCCAGGCUCUGCGAGCCCAGCUGCGGCUGACGCACUUGCAGAACCAGGAGAAGCUGCAGCAGUUGUGCGCGGCGCUGACCAGUGCGGAGGCCCGUGGGAGCCAGCAAGAACACCAGCUGCGCAGGCAGGUUGAAUUACUGGCAUAUAAGGUUGAACAGGAAAAAUCUAUAGCGAGUGAUCUACAGAAAACCCUCAAUGAAGAGCAACAGAAAGCAAACAACGCCCGAAAGCUGCUGGUGGUGGAGCAGAACGCCGUCAAAGCUUUGAAGUCAGAGCUUUGUGAGUGUAAACAGGACAAUGAGAGGCUGCUGAAGUCCCUCAAUGACGUGCAGAGAGAGGUUCUCCAGCUGAGGUCUGUACUAGACAGCAAGGAGAACGACCUGAAGGCCGCGCUUCAGGAGCUGGAGAGCGAGCGCAUUAAGGAGCGCGCCCUGCAGAGCCAGCUGGAGCAGGAGCAGCAGGAGCACCUGCAGAGGGAGGGCCAGGACUCCAAGGCCCUGGAGGAGUUAAGAAUAUCUUUGGAGAAGCAAUUUGCUCAGAAUAAUCGACUGUCUGUAGCGUUAAAACACGAGCAGACAGCAAAGGACAACCUUCAGAAGGAGCUGCAAAUUGAGUCCUCGCGCUGUGAGGCGCUGCUGGCGCAGGAGCGGAGCCGGCUCUCCAAGCUACACCGGAACCUGGAGGCUGCACAGGGCCGUUCCCAGGAGCUGUCUGAGGCCUUGCAGCACGAGCGAGUCCUGACGGAGCAGCUGAGCCGGCGGGCACAGGAGGCCUGCGCUCACCAGGAGACACAGGCCCACCGGGCUCUGCUGCGGAAGCUGAAGGAGGAGACGGCCCGGGUGGUGGAGCUGCAGGCAGCACUGGAGAAAGUGCAGCAGCACGCCAUGUGCGCCCAGCAGCAGCUGGAGGCUGAGGUGCAGAGGCGCUGUGCAGAGCUCGAGAAAGAGAAGGAGGUGAGUGCCAGGCUGAGGUCCACUGUGCAGGCCCUGCGGACCUCCAAACCAGAGCUGAGCUGUGAUUGGGACAGGGAGAGGGAGAUGCCCACACAGCUGCAGGCAGAGUUAGAGCAGUUACACAGGAGGCUGGCAGAGCAAGAAGGACUCAAGGACAUGAGAAGAAGAGUGGAGACAAGGCAGAGCCGGGCAGACACGGACAAGUGGAAGAAGUGGCAGAGAGACAAGGAGAAACUGAGAGAGUUAGAAUUGCAGCGCCAGCGCCAUGAGCACAAGAUCAAGCAGCUUCAGAGAAAGAUGAGGGAGCUGGAGGCCAGGGAGGCAGCACACUUGUCCCCGGAGUUGGAGCAUCUCCAAGAGCAGCAGCAGGGUCUGGAUUCCAUUCGGCAGCAGCUGCUUUGUGCGGCAGGGAUGUUGGCCAGCUUCAUCAACCAGACCAUCAACAGGACAGUUAAUGAUUGGACAUCAUCAAAUGAGAAAGCAGUGGCAUCUUUAUUGCGGACGUUAGAGGACCUCAAGUCCCAGCUGAGCACAUCUGGCUCUCCCCAGAAAAAAAUGACAGCAGAGGUCCAGGUCCAGCUGGUGGAUGUGUUGCUGAAAGAAAAUGAUUCUCUUACUAACGCUCUCAGCACUGUGACCCAGGAGAAGGCAGAGCUGUGCAGAGCAGCGUCCCGGCUGGAGAAGACUCUCAAGCACCACCUGCUGAAGGGCUGUGCGCUCAGUAGGUCAGACAGGAGGAGGGACAGGACCGUCCUGCAGAGCUCACCAGGACUUGCAGACCCAGGACUGUCGGCUCCAGCUUUCAGGGAGGAAGCAAAUACCCGCAAUGUCAAGAUGGAAAAAUUGUACCUGCAUUACUUGAGAGCAGAGAGCUUUAGGAAAGCUCUGAUUUAUCAAAAGAAGUAUCUUUUACUUUUGAUCGGCGGAUUCCAGGACUCUGAACAAGAGACGCUCUCCAUGAUCGCUCACUUAGGAGUGUUUCCUUCCAAAGCAGAUAGGAAGAUCACCACAUCCCGGCCUUUCACCAGGUUCCGAACAGCUGUCAGGGUGGUGAUUGCAAUUUCCAGAUUACGUUUUUUGGUUAAGAAAUGGCAAGAAGUAGAUCGGAGAGGAGCUUUGGCGCAAAGCAGAGCCCCUCACUCAGGAUUCCUGGUGUCACGGCAACAGCUGAUUCCACCAGAAACCACUGAAUCCCUGCCGGAAACCAGCCAGUCCCCACCCGAAACAAGGGAAUCCCCACCAACCCGGGACGUGUCUUUCAGCCACACCAGGGACUCUGUGCCAAAAGCCUCCCCACGCAGGAGGGACAGGUCCAAUCCAUCUCCAAAUUCAAGGUCAGAAAGAUCCCUGACUGCUUCUCAAGAUCAGGAACAUUCUUUGACAGAAUAUAUUCAUCAUUUAGAAAUGAUCCAGCAAAGACUAGUGGGGCUACCACCAGAUUCCUCCUCAAAGAGAUCUUGCCGUCAGAAGAAUAAACAAUGAAUAAAGUCCUUGUGGCUCUUACCAGUGGCAGUUCUGCUUGAGGAAAAGAAUCUUUUUUUUCCUUUUUCUAAGGAAAGCUUGUGGUGUGGUGUGGCAUGGCAUACGGAGCAGUGCCAGUCUCCUCACGUGCCUGAGAUGCCAGCCUCAGAGUGCCAUUAACUAAGUGUUCUCACUUUUGUGCAUUGCUGCAAAGCCAAAUGGAAUAUUUUUUAUGUAAUUUCAAUACCUUUUAGCCCCUUACCUUCAUGUGGUAAUGUGUGUGGUCCGUUUCUUUGCAUGUUGGCAGAGCCACCCUACCUGCCUCCAGAAAGGGUGAGCAGAGAAUGGCUCCCUGGUGUUUUAUUUUCUUAAAGUGUACAGAUAGAAACUUGGUUU